AUGAUCCAUGUAUAUGAAUAUGUAAACAAUGGGAGCCUUAAUGAUAAUCUCGAUUCUGAGAAUUAUGAUCCCAUCCCAUGGAAGCGUAGACUGGACAUAUGCAUCGGUGUAGCUCGAGCUUUGCAUUGUCUUCAUACGGGAGCAAAUUUCUGCAAGAGGGGGCCUCUUAGCAUAUCAAGUGAUUCAGUUUCUGCUGAAGUAGACUCGGACAUAAUUGCAUACUUGGCUCCGGAGGUAGCGAUAACUAGCAGGGUAUCGAAGAAAUCUGAUGUUUUCUCAUUCGGGGUUGUUCUGUUUGAAGUUCUGUGUUGGAGACGCGUAUUUGAUGCAGAAUUGCGGAUGGAUCAGCAAUUUCUAUAUACAUGGGCACGUAAAUGCAUUCAGAAUGGAACAAUUUACAGUAUAAUUGAUCCGUAUCUGAAGGCAAAGAUAGCUUCACAGUGUUUGAAGAAAUUCUUGGAGAUUGCUUAUAGUUGUGUCCAGUUUGAGGUAAGCAAAAGGCCUACCAUGGGUGAGGUGGAGGCGACAUUGGAGGUUGCGUUGGAGUUGCAGAAGAAGCAUCAUUUUUAUGUACCAUCUAACUGUUUGCUUUGA